UGUUUGAUAAAAAUGGUGCUCGUUUACCAGCUGGCAUUCAUUUUGUAUUGAAAAAGUCAACACCUUUUUAUUUGUUGUCUAAGUCCCUAUAUGUAAUUAGCAUGGCGACAGUUUUGGAUUUAGUAAAACAUUAUCAGCAUGCAAUAGAGAAAUACCCUGAAGACGAACAAAAGAUUUUAAAAUGUAUUGAUAAAUUAUUCAAUCUUGAUGUCACUGUUCAACAUCUGCAAGAAACUGGGGUAGGCCGUACGGUCAAUGCCCUGCGGAAACAUCCAGAUGAUGUCGGAAAAGCUUCCCGAGCUCUCAUUUAUAAAUGGAAAUGUAUGGUUGCUGCUGAGGAAAGUGAUCAAGAAAUGGAUCAAAAUAAUGACACUUCAUCCUAUAACGGACAUGGUAAUAAUGGUAGAGAUACCGUCACAAAACACUUAAAAACGGAAGAACAUCGACAGGAAAAAAAUAAUUACAGUAAUAGAACUGAUGAUCAUAAACAUAAUAAAGAAGUUAAUGGUAACUACAGUGGAAUUAAAAGGAAAUAUCAAAGCAGUGAGGAUGAAGAUCAUGAAAUAAAGAAAACAAAAAACACUACUUACAAUGGUAAUGAACAUAUUUAUAACAGAAAAACUAAUGUAAAAAUAAAAUCAGAACCAAGAAGUGAAAGUGAUCACAACUCAGAUCACUCCAAUACUGACGAGACUGAUUCUGAUGUAUCUCAAUCUUCUGAAGAAGAUGUAAAAGUUAAAAAAGAAAUAAAAACAGAAUCCAAGAACUACGAUAAGUUAUCAUCUAGACAGUCACAUAGCAAACAUACUAAUGAUAAAAAGUCGUCUACAAAAUCUUAUGAUUCUGAACAGCAAUCAAGACAUAAAAAUAAAUGUGAUUCCCGAAAGUCAUCUUCACAAGAAAAAUCUCAUAGUCAUAAACAAAAGAGUACACAUGAAAAAGAGAGUAGCUCUGCAAAAAAACAUAAACCUGAUAGCAAUAUACUUGAAAAAGACAAAAAACAAAGAGAUGAAAUUAAAUCGUCAAACAAACAUAGUAGUAGUUCUGGAAAACAAAGAUCUUCUACACAAAGCAAUGAUAGUAGAUCUGAGAAGCAUAAAAGUCACAAUGACAAACAAUCUAGCAAGUCGGAGAAACACGGCAGUUCAAGUCAGUCACACAAAUCUGAAAAAGAUAAGCACAAAAGUUCAACAGAAAAAGAAACUAGUAGUAAACACAAAAUAAAAGACUCUAGCAGUAGUAGUAGCUCUAAAGAAAAGCAUAGUUCCUCUAGUAAGGAAAAGUCUAAAGAUAGAAGCAGUUCCUCAAAAGAAAAGUCAGAUAAUAAAAAUGAGAAAAAACUAUCUAGUGAAAGUAAAUCUAAAAGUAGUGAGAGUAAAAAUAAACAUGAAAAGCUCAAGGCAAGUGGCUCCUCAUCCUCUCAUAAGAGCAGUAAAACAAGCAAUAGUAAGUCAAAAGAAGAUAUACCAAAGAAAAAAAGUCAAGCAAAUAAUAGUGAAGAUAGUGAAGAUGGCAUUGAUUGUGGAUCAGGUGCUAGUUUUGCUGAAGCACUGGGAAUGCUAAGUCCAGCAAAACCAAAAAAGAAAUCUACAGUUGUAAAAGAAAUUCAGUCACCCAAUUCUAAUGAUUUGAGUCCGGCCGCCCUUCUUGCACCGAGCGCCAAGCUAGCACCGCUGCCUACUCCAGAAAUCUCUGGUUUGCCAGAAAUAUCCCCAAACUACAAGCCAAGACCGCCUCCUAAACUACUUCCACAUUUCACCGACGACGAGGCCAUGAGCGCCGUUAUAUCGUCUAAAAACCAAAGAACUAAAGUAUAUUCCGGUAAUAAAGUAAUAGGAAAAAUCCCAACUCUCUACGAAAUGUGUGUUCAACUUCUACAGGAGCACAUUGAUGCACUUGAGUACACGGGCGGCGUGCCAUAUGAACUCUUGAAGCCCGUCGUAGAUAGAGCAAGUCCUCAGCAGCUGUUCGUGCUGGAACAUUACAACCCUUACCUUAUGGAGGAUACUGAUCAUCUGUGGCAAAAGUUUUGCGAGAAACAUUUUAGGAAACAGCAGCGACAUGAGAUGGAGACAUGGAGAGAAAUGUAUAUUAGAUGCCAAGAAGAACAGGAAUACAAACUGAAGAAUUUGACUGCCAAUAUUAAAAUUGCACAGGAAGCAAAAAAAGCGCCAAUUAAACAAACAAAAAUGGCUUAUGUUGAUACUAUUGUGAAACCACCUCGAAACGUCGCCCGUAAACAGGCCCUGCACGGUACAGCGCGAGCGGCGACAGCUAGUCCUGCUGCCCGGGUACCCUCGCUAGCGACUUCACACACGCUGCGGGCCGGCACCGGCCGCCCCUUCCCCGCCCCAUCAUCCGCGGUCGCCCCCAUCGCUUCCCUGGCCUCCCUAAAGCCCAAGAAAGCACCUCUCAUGCAGAAAGCGUUACAAUUUAUGCGCGGCCGUAAGCGAUGAUAGACCAGUCAUUACUUCCACCGGUAGGUAUACUGUGAUGUUCGAUCUUUACUACGAUUUUCUACCAGGACUUAGAAACUUAUUUAUUCCAAUUGAUAGAGUGCGCUAUCGACUAGUAUAGUUGCUUAUCCAUUUUUAAUUUAGUACUGUGAAUGAAAGUAAAUUAAGUAUCAAUAGAAUUUAUUAACUAUAGAAUAUAUAACCCGGAGUGUAAAUUAUGUUUCUUCAAUGUUACUUAGAUAUAUAAAAAUCAUCAUAUAUUCAAUAAAAUAUCGAAUCAUUGUGUAUGUAGAUGUAGUGAAUGUCGACUAGAUAUACCAUGAACAUACCCGUAGAUUAACACAUGUAGAUUGUUUUAAUGGAUAUACAAUAGUAUUGAUAUAUUAUACGAAACUAUUUUUAUCUUUUAAAUAAAAUGGACGAAUCGGUGGACAGAAUAGAAUGAGAACCUGUCAGUGUAAUUAAAAAAAACUGUGUAGGUUCCAUAUAAUUAUUAUUGCUAUAAUACAUACUAACCAAUUUUUAUAUGAUCUCAAUAAAAUUAAUGUAGAAUGGUAAAUAUAAAUAUCAUCAGAUCAUAUGAAACUUAACAGAUCAGUUAAGUAAUAAAAUAACAAACUUAUGAUGUGAAUGAAUAUUUUUACGCUAUUUAUAACUUACAGAAUAAACUGGUUCUUGCCACGAUUAACACCUUCCUACGGUCAAGGUUUAGUAUGAAUUUGAAUUGAUCUAUAUAUUUUCAAAUUCUAUUUUUACUGUUUCUUUAGUUCUAAACAUAAAUAGCAAAAAUGUGUUUACUUAGCACUAAAACUACAUAAGUUUACAUUAUUGGGUUUUUAUAUUUAUACAAAAUAUAAUAUAGUUAAGUAUUUCUAUAGAUUAUCUUGUCCCAUAAUACAAGCUAGUUACUACUAGUUUAAGACUAGAGGAGUGUAACAAAUGAAAAACUGUUAGAUAGAACAUAUUUGCUUAUUUUUAUCAAUUCGUUUAUUUUUUAUGCCUGCAUAUAUGAUAUUACUUGAUCAUGAACACUUUUAUUAGUUCGUUUCAAGUCUUUUUAUCAUUAAAUUUCAGAUACUUGACAAGUUAUGCCCAUUUUGACUAUAGCAGGUUAUUUACUUACUUGUUACUUUUGACGAUUUCAAUGGCUUCUUUGAUUAAUGGGUACAGACAGAUCUUAUACAUACAUAUGUAUAAAUAAAUACAUAACCUUAUAUUGCGUUGUGAUAGUAACUCUAGAACAAUCGGGAGAUAACGACGCGCUCAAAUAAAUGAAUAAUCGCGGUAAGAACCCGUUAAUAUUACGUGUAACAAGAACUUUCGUCAACAGGUAUGUCAAUGAAAUUUUUACUAUAAUAAGUCUCUUUAUUAUUAUAUAAUAUAAUGUAUAUUGCAUUAUUUCAAUUAUAUGUUAAGUACUAGGUACUAGGUACUACCUGUGUGUGUAUAAUACUAUCAAUUUUUACUAAAAUUAUUUUAUGUAUACCAAUUAUUAAUAUGUAAAUAUCUACUUUUUUAUACAAUUUUAUGUCAUAGCAGCAACUAUACUUGGCGUAGUAACUCUUAUCAGUAUAUACAUAAUGUAUUUACACUGUCUAUUUUUUAUAUAUUAAAAUGGUCGAAUAUUUGUUCCUUGUUUAAACCAAAAAUGACAGUGGACAUGAAAACAUAAAUGUUUAAAAUUGAACAAAUUUAAUCCAAUCUAAAUUUAUAGAACUUAGCUUUACGUAUGUAAAUAGUGUAAUUUAAGCAUUACCAACCACACACCUGCUUCUUUGUAAAUAGAAUAUAAUAAUUUUCUUUAUACACUUGAUCUUGUAGUUUAUAAUACUUUCCGGUAGUGAGUCGUCGUUUUUUUUAGAAUUAUUGGCAUUUUGUGAGAACGAAAACGAAAAGUGCGGGUUGCUGUGAUAUGUUCGAAACAUAAUUAUUUUGUGAUGUAGAUGUAUUGUGUUCUCUACAAUACGCUGUAAUACGUUGCUUUGUUAGAAGUAUAAUUAAAUACAGUAUGUAUUAGAUUGUAUUUCUCGUAGUGUAGUAAUAUUAUCAAUAUAAAUUGUUUACAUGUUUCUUAUAUAUGUCAACUUCAGGCCAAAUAAACAGGGGUCAGGCAUUUACUUCUAGUAUUUAGAUGAAAGCUCGUGUAUGGACCUUUUUAACUAUUGCUAUAAAUUGAUUUUCAUUUCAAUCCGUUAUUAUCAAUUGAGCUUGGCAUCCAAUGUCCGAAUAUGUUGAUGAUGACGAGCAUUCCAUUAGUGGAUAUGCUAUUACAACUUUCUCCUUAGUCCUCUCUUAUCACUUUGAUUUUUCACGCACACACUUGUGCACAUGGCUAGGGGACCAUCCGUAAAUUAAGGCACACGUUAAAGGAAGAAGGAGUGGAGGGGUGGAGGGGGGGGGCUGGACUGACAUUGUAUAAAAAGGGGUUGAAGGAAUCACAAGGUUUGUGUAAAAUAAUGAAAUCUAGGACUCAUCCCACUCUUGGGAGUGGUCACAUUUUUCAAUUUUAGUAAAAAUAUGACAUAUCUCAACCAUCAAAAUGUAAACAGCUAGGUGGGAAUGAGUUAAAAAUGUUCUUGAACUCUGUAGGACUUCCAUCGUCAUACACAAACCUGUACCGGAUUGCUUUGAUUAUCGUGUGAAAAAUGUGAUAUAAAGACUAUACGAAGGCGUUUCGAUCUUUAAAUCCUUUUUGCUUAUUCAGUGCAUGACUAUUUCAUAAUAUAUUCAGUUCGUAGAAUCAACUUUAAUUAAAAAAAAAUUCAUUAUUACACCAUAAAAUAUUAUACUUUGUCAUGUCUAUAAGACA